AUGCGAUUCGGAAAAAGAGGUAAAUUGAGUCCGAGAUUUAUAGGACCAUAUGAGAUACUUGACCGCAUAGAAGAAGUGGCUUAUCGUUUGGCACUUCCUCGUGAGAUGUCUUUUAUCCAUCCAGUGUUUCAUGUUUCUAUGCUAAGAAAAUGCAUAUCAGACUCUUCUCGUGUGCUUGAAGCACCGACUAUACAUCUUGAUUACAACUUGACGUACAAGGAGGAGCCAGUGGCUAUUGUUGACAGACAAAUAAGGAAGUUACGGUCAAAAGAAAUUGUGUCCGUGAAAGUCUUAUGGAGAAAUCAUACCUUUGAAGAAGCUACUUGGGAGUCCGAGAAUGAUAUGCGAGCCAAGUAUCCCCACUUGUUUCAGUCUAUAGCAGCAGCAGCCGCCGUAGCAGCAGCAGCAGAAGCCAAUCACAGAAGUCCCAGUUCCAAAUGA